AAAUUGUUCUCAUUAAUCACAAGGAAAAUUUGUGGACGUCAUUCGGUUGCUGGUGAGGGUGUGGUUUGGGGGCUAUGGCAACAAGAAUCAUGAAUCAAAACAAAAAAUUAGGAAAUUGCGGAAUUCUUUCAGUGACAUUCCUGAUUCGAAAACGAUAGUGUGUGUUGAAUUACAACCUUAUUUUGCGCCUUAUUUCGGGAGUAUUUGCCAGUAUGCAGUUUUAUUGCAUUUUGUUUUUCGUUGCAGUUACACUGCCAAAAAGUGUCUUCACCUUUUGUCCAAGUUUAGUCCGUCAGACUAGUAGGUCGGAUAUUUGCUCAAAAUAUGGGUCAUACAUUAGUGGAUCAGUUACUUCUGCUGAUGGCUGCUUCACUGUUAUUGCUGACAGUAAUUGUACAACUGGAUUACUACAAUGGAAUGAUUCAACCACUCCAUAUGGAAGAGACAUUGGUCUUCAUUUAAAUGCAUUUGAUGCUUAUGAUAGGAAUGGAAGUUUCCCAAGAUUUGCAUUGAACAUCACCAUUUCUGAUCCACUAUUUAAGACCAUGUGGUUUAUGCUUGAAGAUUUUAUCAAACCUCAGAAUGCCAAGUGUUUUACUUUAAUCAGAAACAUUGUUAAACCAGGGUGUGAUGAUGUCAUGGGGAACUAUGAUUGUUAUGUCAGAGAUUCUGCAAGUUCUCUCAUGACAAGUGAUUCAUACACAACCAUCAAGUUUCUAAUGAAUGGAGAAAAAUUGCAAUACAAAUUUAGGAAUUUGUAUGGUAGGGAUAUGAGUAACAGAAUAAUAUUUUUCUAUACUCACACCUCUAUUGAAAAUCAGCUUGUUAUUACUUUCCAAGCUCUAGAUGGUAUAGAUAAAUACAUGAUAAAAUUAUGUUUUAAAGGGCAAAACAAAUGUUCUCAUACUUUCAAAGUGGAUCUGUCAAUAGAUUCUACUUAUUCUGAAAGAUACGCUGAUUUGAUUACUUAUAAACUAUCUCAAGCGACAUUAAAGAAAGGAAAGUAUGAACUGUAUAUUGAAUGCCAACGCUUACCAAAUAGCACAUCGUCUAAUGUUAACUGCUGCAAUCAAAGCAGAGUUCUUGAAAUCGAUAUUGAUCAUCAGUUCGACAUGGUUGAUGUAGCCAUAUUAAUAGGUUUAAUUCUUAUAAUUGGAUUCUUCACCUUUGCCAUCGCAGUAUUAUAUCUUCGACGAAGAGUACUCGAGCCAAUUCCGAGUGAUUUCCAAAUGCUGCUCGUUUUUGAUGCAGUAAGUGUUCAACAUACCGAUUACGUGAAGGCAACGCGAAUAUUCCUUCGUAAGCUUCUAGACAUUGAAGUAAUUGUAGAUGUCGUUGAUAUGAACAUUACGGAGCACACAUCUCCAUAUCAGUGGAAUAUCGCGGCUAUCGAACAAGCUGACUGUGUCGCUAUUGUGAUUCCCCCGAAAAUACUGCCUUGCGAACGUCGAGGUUCGCCUUAUCACAAAACCUACCAGUUAUGUUUAAACGUCCUAGAAUCCCAUUUAGACAAUGUACUUAAGAACAACCAAGCUCCAUCUUCCGAUAAAAUUUUUGCUUUAGUUCUCCCUUUCUCGGAUAUCGAGCUAAUACCAAAAUUUCUUAAGUUUAUGGCCCGUUUCCAAAUACCCCUUGACUAUUGUUUCUUGCGCCAACACAUCCAAUCAAUCCGGAGCCCACGUCGAAUACGUUUGCCUCGAUGGCUUCUUUUUAAUCAAACUACCACCAAAAAGUUAUUUUCCACGGUUGUCGACAACAUACAGACGUCUCAGGAUGAAAUUGCUCUUUUACCCGACAUCGAAUACAGCAACAGUCUGACCGUUGGCGAUGGCCAGGACGAUCUUUUACCUGAAGAGAUGUCAGCUAUCCAUCACAGAACUGAGGAAAUGGACGCAAUUUUUGGAACUUGUGUUAAAAGUAUUAGAACUUUACCAUCCGUGAUGAGCUCAGCCAAUUGUUAAAUCAAAUUAUCUUUCCAAAUUGUGUAAUUAUUUGUGUAAAUAUAUAUUAUAUACGGCAAGGCCUUAACAU